UCUGUAUAUGCAGUCAAUAGGCCGUAAUAAAAAGUCAGCUUUAAACGUGUAUUUCCUGUUAGCAAAAGAAUCAAUUUGAAACAUUUCGUAUGCUUUAAAGCCUUUUAGUCGAUUUGCCGCUAAAAACACAUAUUUGGUGGAGUAUACGAUUAAUUUUCAAAGCGCGACAAUGGUUCAAUGCUUCGCUCCUGAUUGCAACCACCAGUCGGAAUCGCACUACUGUCGUUUCUUUGGAUUCCCAAGCAAAGAAAAGAAGCCCCAGGAAUACAAGAGAUGGUUGAAGCUAUUGAGGAGAGAGGAUAGAGAGCCCAGCACCCAUUCAAGGGUCUGUAGCUGUCAUUUCAGAAAUGGAGAGAAAUGCUUUGGCCCCGAAAUUUAUGCCAGAAAUGCUGAAAAGAUGUUUCCGUCCUCUAGCAGCAAGCCUCAGGUCAAAAAAAGAAAACAGAGUGAUGAAGAAACAAUUGCAGAUAUUGUAGCUAGGUAUCGAGAAAAUGAGCCACAACCAGUUGUUGAUCAAGAUGUUCUUCCCCUUAAUGAAGUCAUACUAAAGGCUGAGCUGGAACAAACAAGGAAUGACUUGGCAGAGAGAACAAAAGAAGCCUCUUACAACAAAAAACAUUAUACUGCAUGUACUCUUAGUGAAGAGGUCAUUCGCAUGGAAACUGGACUGCCAACAAAAGAAGUUUUCCAAAUUGUUGUCCGUCAUGCCACAAGAUUUAAAGAAACUAUGGUGUAUUAUGCAGGGUGGAAAGUUGUCAGCAUUUCAUUUGAGGAUCAGAUUUUUAUUACACUCAUGAAACUUCGUCAAAAUUAUACAAACCUACACUUGGCUCAACUUUUUUCUUGCUGUGUUGCUACAAUUUCAAACAUAACUACUACAUUCAUUCAUAUUCUCCAUAAAUUACUGUUCAGACAUAUCAUGCUAUCAAUCCCAUCUAGGGAGAAGAAUGAAUUUUGCUCACCAUCUUCCUUUUCACUUUUCACCAACUGUAGGAUUAUUGUUGAUUGCACUGACAUAGAAAUUGCAAGGCCCAGUUUAAUGAGCCAUCAAAGUGCAACAUACUCAACAUAUAGAGGUAUGAACUCAUUUAAAGUUUUGGUUGGAGUUGCACCAAACGGGGUCAUUACAUUUGUAAGCAGCCUUUACCCUGGGUCGAUCUCGGAUAAAGAGAUUGUGAACAAGUCUGGGUUGCUGAGCAAAAUGGAAACUGGAGACCUUAUCCUAGCAGACAAAGGGUUUUUGAUACACGAUAUGGUACCUUCAGGAGUUUCUGUUAAUAUUCCACCUUUUUUGCAACAUGGAAAAUUUACAGAAAGUGAAGCUGCAGCAACAAAAAACAUUGCAAGGUGCAGAAUACAUGUUGAGCGUGUAAAUGCAAGGCUGAAAGAUUUUAAAAUACUUGGAUUUGUGCCACCCUAUUUACGAAGCCAUAUCAACACCAUCUUUCAGCUUUGUGCAGCAUUGGUUAACCUGCAGUUUCCUUUGAUUAAAGAAUGCUGUGAAGCAACUGACUUUGAUUGAUAUUUUUAAAAAUUUAUUUACAAUGAUUGUAACAUAGCAGUAGUAACGAUUGUAAGUUAAAAAAGCAAAAUAGCAAUGUAUAUUUUAA